AGCUUUGAAUUUCAUACAUCGUACAAUGGAUACUCUUAAGUUUCUAACUGCCGAAGAAAAGGCCUCAUAUGACAAUAAUGGGUUUAUAAAACUGUCUGGGAUAUUCACGGAUACAGAAUUGAAAACAAUUUCAAACGAGUAUAACGAUCUUUUCGAACGCAAGAAUGCAGAUGAUCAAGGUGGGCUUGAAGCAGCGUGGGUUGGAGAAAGGAUGAAACGAGAAGCUGGGUACAUCGAUUAUACGGUGAAAGCGGUUCAUAACUUGCAAAUGCAUAGCGCUGUAUUCACCAAGGUUAUAACACAUUCAAAGUUGUUGGAUGCUGUGGAAGAUGUGAUGGGGACAGAAAAUAUCCUGUUACAUCAUACAAAAGCACACAUCAAACCCCCUGAAAAUGGAGCUCCAUAUCUGAUGCAUCAGGAUUAUUCCUACUUUCCUUUCAAAAACCAUACCAUGUUAGCUGUUUUCCUGCACUUGGACGACACAACACCAGAAAAUGGAGGUCUUGCCGUGUAUCCGGGAAGCCACAAACUUGGGCCUCUCGAAGACAAGGGUCUGACAGACAAGAAUGGCGAACAAUAUCAUUACGUGGAUCAGGACAAAUUUCCGCUAUCAGGAGCUACUCCAGUCUCAGCAAAAAAAGGUGAAAUAAUUAUAUUCUCCUAUCUCCUCCUCCAUGGAUCGUACUUAAACCGCUCCAAUAGACCUCGAAGAAUGUUCCUAAUACAACUGAGAGCUGCCGAAGAUGAACCUACCGAAUUAUGCCAUCAAUCUCCAGCACAGAAUCUUGUGCUUAGAGGAAAGAACAAAUACCGUGCUGCAAGUAUGGCUACUCGAUUCAAUCCGUGAUACGAAAAAUUUGAACGGAUGCAUUCCUAUAUUCCUGAAUUUGUGUUCUUAUAUCGCCAAAAUUUUUCAUUAAUAUUCCAUACCCUUAUUAUAUACCAUUGAUGGUAUAUUGAUCUCUUUGAAUAAAACCACCAAGAGGUUGACAGUUA